AUGGAGUUUACAGUCUCACAUAUAGAGAAAUUAGCUGAACUUUUAAAGGCGCCUGAACCAGAAGUAUUGCAAGGAGAAGAUUUAGUGCCGACAAAUUACGAGAUAACAGCAACAAGGGAUAAAAAUUCUACACCAAUUUUAUCUCAAAAAACUCCAUCGAACAUCGAGGAAUAUGAAGAGCAACAGGAUAAAGAAGCAGAACAAAUGAGUAAAGUAGGGUUUGGAACAGGAGAUCGUAAAACACCUACCUACACUAUGAAUUAUCAACAAUCUGUCAGCGCUGAGGACGUGUUCCUGCAGAUAGGACCUAAAACGCCUUCAUCAGCAAGUUGCGAAAAUUUAAUAGUUAGAGUGUCUAUGCCAGGAGAUAAGAAAGAAAAUAUUGACUUAUCCGUGGAUACUAUAAGCGUAACUAUCAACUCUUCGCAAUAUCAUUUGAAGCUUUCUCUACCACACGAAGUUAACCCUGACACUUCAAAGGCCAACUGGGACGCUAAUGAAGAAAUUUUACUUUUAACUUUAAAUCUUCAAAGAGAAUUUGAUUUUGUUAAUUUC